AUGGCUUCUUCGAGUGGAAAUUCUUCAGGGUCUAGACAGAUUCAGAACUCGGGUUCUGGAGAAGAUUUGCAGCAGUUGACGGAUCUACGGAAGAGGAAGAAAAUGCAAUCGAAUCGCGAAUCGGCGAAGCGAUCCCGAUUGAGAAAGCAGAUGCAUUUGGAUGAUAUGAUGGCUAAAGCGACUCAGUUGAAGAAUGAGAACGACCAGAUUCUUACUAGCAUAAAUGUCACCACACAGCACUACACGAAAGUGGAGGCUGAAAACUCAGUCUUGAGGGCUCAAAUGACGGAACUCCGCCAAAGACUGCAAUCCCUUGAUGAAAUCCUUAAUUACAUCAACUCCAACACCGCCACCGUCGCCGCCACUACGGCGGUGCCAGCCACCAACCGCAUGUUACAGGCUGAGGAGUUCGAAGGGUUUUCUGAUGGCUUCUUGAAUAAUCCAUGGAAUUUAAUGAACCUUAGCCAACAGCCCAUCACAGCGUCAGCUGAUAUGUUAGAUUAUUGA